AUGAAACGACGCGUCGCGUUUACGCCCGAGCCGGUUCCACCGUUUAUUUUAUCAUUCACUGGAAAUACUCCCAAUAUUGUAUCCGAUGUUGUCGCUAUAUCACGAAUUAAAAAUGCUGCACAAAAUACUCCAACAUCCCUUCUUCGAAUCGAUUUUUCAAAUGAAACUGCUCGUGACGAUCUGUUACAGAAGCGAAAGUUAAUUGUUACACCGUUCGCUUACCCUGUGAUUGAAUAUAUUCCAUCGGUAAAAAUAAUCCGGUGUUUCAAAUGUCAACAGCUCGGACAUUACGCAAACGAAUGUAAUAAUCAAAUAAAAUGUGGAAAAUAUAGUGGUAACCACGGACUAGAUAAUUGUACAAAUACAACUCUGAACUGUCCAAAUUGUGGAGAUGCUCAUAAAGCCACCUAUCCCGGAUGCAAAGUGCGUUUACAAUACAUAAACAAUAUAAAAGCAAAGUCAUAUGCAGAGGCGUUAUCCGCUGCACCACCACAUCAUUCCUCACAAAACUCUCAACAACAUCCUCCUCAGUCAAACCAACAAACUACUACUGUUGCGUUACGACCCUCUAUCUCAACAACCAAUGAAACAAACCUACUGAAUACUUUAAAUGAUAUCUCAAAAUCGUCGGUUACAAUUGAAAUUAAUCAAAUAAAAUGUUCUUUGCAUCAAAAUUUCUCAAAUCAUCAAGCAUUAGAAUUAGCGGUCAUAAACUGUCAAUGUCUUUUGACCUCGUUUGUACAUACAAUUGUUCCCAUUAUUAGUAAAAAUGCUGAUCCAAGCGAUAUUCCAUUACUACAACAAUUAUACGAUUUAAUCUCGAUUUCAACCAAUAAUAACAGGAAUAACAAUGAUAACGUCUCAACGAGUUCGUCAGCAAAUAAUCAACAUAUCAAAUCCCCAUCACCACUUGAUACUUGGGAAAAAAGUCAUUCGUGA